GUCACGGGGAGGAGAGGUCGUCACGUCUGAGAGCAUUGGAAAUCUUCUCUAAGCCAAGAACCUCGACCAGCAGCUAUGCAAAGUACAAAGGUGCCAAGCAAUUACUUCAAGUUAACUCACCCUGGACUCACAAUUUUCCUUGCAACUGGAAUCGGAUUGAUGUUCGUCAUAUGGCUAGCACCUAACAGUCUCUCUCCAACAUAUUUUGGAUAUUUGGCUGAUGCUGUUGCUUUUCUUGGUACAGAAUAUAAUGGGUUUGUGAAGGUUUUAGUGGUGACUGUAGCAAGCAUUCACUUCACAGAAUCAUUAGUCGGCAUUUGUGUGUGCUAUCACAGGCAACUUCAUGCUUGGACAACCUUAGCUUGGACCAUGCAAAUCUUGGCUGUUGGUAUGAUCUCUCUACGUUUCCUAAUCUGGCCAGAGGAAGAAAAAGCUAAGGACAAAAAAGUCAAGUAAAAUUGUCCACACCUUUUCGAAACUAUUAUACCCGAACAGAUUCUUACUUUGGACAUUAAUAUUCAACAUCAUAUCAUGAACCUUCCUUACAACAGUUAUUAAAAUCAUGAAUUACAGUAAUAAAAUCUAGUGACAUUCA